CUCCUACCCGGGUGACGCGUCUGUGACGCUUUCGUGUGCGUAUAAAACACCGGAGAAACUCCAAACUCCUGAAUACUACCAAGUAGUGGAACACCUUCAGGAGCUGAAAUCAUGGCAGCGAUGCAGGGAAGUGCAGUCUGCAAACCACAGUUUGGCCCGUGGCUCAUAGAGCAGGUGGAAAGUGGAAAAUAUGAGGGAUUGCGCAUGAUAGACAAUGACAAAUUUCGGAUCCCCUGGAAACACAACUCACGAAGAGACCUUGGGGACGCCGAUGUUAAAAUAUUUAAGGCAUGGGCUGUGGUCAGUGGGAAGAUCAACGAGCACCCUAAUGACAAAGCGAAAUGGAAGACGAAUUUCCGUUGUGCGCUUCAUUGCCUAAAAACCUUCGAGAUGUUAGAGGAUCAUUCCAAGGAUCCGGACGACCAACACAAAGUCUAUCGCAUCAUCCGUCCUCAAAAUCACCAAGAGACCCAGAGUGUAGAGCCAGCUCAACUUCCUUUCAUUCCUCAGCCCUACGAUCCAUCUAAUUACAUGCCUGAUCAAAUGGAGCAGGAGUUGCUCAACCAGGUGGAGAGAAUGGAAAUAAAUCACCAACACACAGAAUCCCAACAAUGGGACACCGGUUCCCAACAAAUCAUUCUGUCCGCCCCAAGCAACUACUACACACCUCCGCCAGACCAGCAACCUUACACUACAGCACAGCAAUGGAACCUUCCAGCUCUCUGGGACCUGGAGAUCUCCAUCAGCUACAGAAAAACAGAAGUUUUGAAAACUCGCCUGUGUUCGCCAUUCAUUCAGUUUCACUACCAGUGCGACCCGUCUGAGCUGAGAGGACAGCCAAUCCGAUUCCCAUCCACAGAGGGUCUGACUGACCAAAAGCAGAUCGAGUACACUAACCGCAUCUUGGACAGCAUUCAAAGAGGUCUGCUGCUGGAGGUAGACCAGUAUGGCAUUUACGGUUUCCGACAGGAUGAUUGUAAAGUGUUCGUCAGCACCAGCGACCUGUCUGAGAUCCAGAGCCCAGAGGCCAGAAAACUGGAUCGGAACACCAGAGAGCUACUGCUCAGCUUUGAUGAAUACCUAAGAGAUCUGAUGGAUUAUAAAGAGAACAGACGGGGUUCUCCGGAUUACACCAUCUACUUGUGCUUCGGACAGAAACUCCUGGAUGGAAAACCACUGGAGAGAAAACUGAUUACUGUCAAAAUUGUACCUCUGAUUUGCCGUGAACUUCAUGAGAGAGCUCAAAUGGAGGGAGCGUCCUCUCUUUGCAAUGAAAGCAUUAGCUUGCAGAUCUCCCACAACAGCCUUUUUGAACUUAUAAACUCUUUGGGUCUGCCUUCAGUGGCCUAAAGCAUCUGUUUUCACUCUGAAAUCAGCCAGAUGACAUUUCUUUCCACAUAUACACAUAGAGAAUGAGAGAGAGAAAUUCAUUUCGCUACUGUUAUAGUUAAUCACAAAACUUUCCAGAGGUGAUUUCCAUUUAGAGGUGACUUGUAGCUGCUCUGAAUUCAUUGCUGGUCGCUCAGCCGUGUAAUGGCAAUUUCAAUGAAACUGUAUUUUUGCUAAUUACUUGAAACAUUAUCGUUUUUUGUUAUUUUCUAAUGAGUGUUAAAACCUCAUUUUGAUAUCCUGUCUUCUAGUGAAGAAUCUUUCACCUUUCGCCCAAAGGGCUCUACUUGUAUCGCUUUUUGUCUGUCGCUUUAUGAAUGCACUAUUUAUAAACUACUGUUUGACUGUUAUUAUUGUUUUAUUAAAUGAUGCUGAUACCAGAAUGUAAAGAAUGAUUAUGCAUAAAAAUGUUAUGCAUAUAAAAAUUAAAUAAACAUA